AUGGCCGGUCAACGGAAUUAUGACUUCCUAAUAAAACUCCUCUUGAUCGGCGAUUCUGGCGUUGGGAAAUCAUGCUGCCUAUUACGCUUCAGCGAAGACAGCUUCACUCCCAGCUUCAUCACAACCAUCGGCAUAGACUUCAAGAUCCGGACAAUCGAUCUGGACGGCAAGAGGGUGAAACUCCAAAUAUGGGACACAGCAGGCCAAGAGCGCUUCAGGACGAUCACCACUGCAUACUAUCGAGGCGCAAUGGGAAUCCUGUUGGUGUAUGAUGUGACGGAUGAAAAGAGCUUCAACAACAUAAGAACCUGGUUCUCCAACGUCGAACAACAUGCCAGCGAAGGUGUAAACAAAAUCCUCAUCGGCAACAAGUGCGAUUGGGAGGAGAAACGUGCUGUCUCCACGGAACAAGGCCAGGCGCUCGCGGACGAACUGGGUAUCCCCUUUCUAGAAGUCAGCGCCAAAUCAAACAUCAACAUCGAAAAGGCCUUUUACUCGUUAGCCUCAGACAUCAAGAAGCGAUUGAUCGACAGUUCGAAAGACGCCGGUGGAGCUGGAGCUGGCGGUCAAGGCGUUGGAGGCGUUAAUGUCGCCCAAAAUCAGAACAGCGGUAUGGGUGGAAAGUGUUGUUAA